AUGUUUAAACUUCUUCGGAGGCUCUCCCACACCAACAAUACAGAAGAGGUGGCGGAGGACACGAAGAUUAACUGUACUAAUCACAAUAACAACCGCAACAAUACCGAAAUUAGCAAUGACCGAAAAACAUUGUCUCCUUCCAGUUUAGAGUCUGGCCAAACAUUGACAGCACCUUCCAUCCUUCCAAUGUCAUUAACAACAAGAGCAGAAUCAGAAUCCUAUUACACUCCUAGGUCUGAUAAUAUGACCAAUGACAAAGUAGUAGACACAAAACCAUCAAUGGUAACAUCAUUAUCCUCUUCAACACCACCCAUUGUCCCUCCUCUAAAAGGAUUUGAAUUAUUUGUGUCAUCAUCUCACAGUAGGAGCAACAACGAAGAUAGCGGAGGUGAUGAUGGUGGUGACAUUAUGAAUCUCAUGCUAACAACUUCUCACAACAAGAAGAAGAAGAAUAGGAGUCAAUCAUCAUCAUCUCAAAUUGUCGACUCUCCCACUCGACAACCACCAUCAUCAUCAUCACUAUUACCCUCUCAACAACAUGGCCAUCAACAACGACUUCGCAUCGCAGAUCAACUUUUACGGAGUCCAUUUUACGGAGGAGGAAAACAUAAAGCGAGUCAACAAGCAGCCAAUAAUGCAAUUUUAUUCCUUCAAGAUUACUGUCAUUCAACUAGUAGUACACUCGUAUAUACCACACCAAUGACGACAAUGACCUCACCAUCUACAACACAUUCACCAUCCACAAACACCACCAACACCACCACUUCUCUCCUAUCAUCAUCAUCAUGGCAUCACUCACAUCAACUAUUAGACCUUCCAUUUGGUCAAUUAUCCAUCUUUGAUUGGACUCACGAUCAUUUAAUGAAAAUAUUAAGGAAAUUUAAAUUUUCAAAUCAAGAUGAAUUAUUGAAAUAUAUUGAGAAUGAAUACAUGUGUGGAGUUCACUUGAUCAAUUGUUUAUUGGAAUGCUUAACGUAUCGAAUGGUUGUCACUCUAGCAAAUUCACACAAAAGAAGAAUUAAACCAUUCCAUACAAUUUCAACGAGUAGUAGUAGUAGUAGUAGUAGUACUGAUAUUAUGAAAAAUCAAACAGGUCAUUGUAAUAAUAGUAGUAGUAGUAGUAGUAGUGGUACUGGUAGGAACUCUAGUGAAAGUAGUAGUAGUAGUAGUAAUAUUCAUAAUCUUUCAUUGAAUCGAAGAUUGAAGAGUUUUAUUAUUCGAAAAAAACAUUCAACAAUUGUUUCUAAUGGACUUGAUCAAACAUUGACUUUGACGACACGACCAUCGAAUGCAAAUGUUCACAACACCAUCACCACCACUGCUACCACCACCACUCUGACUACCAUUCCCACACUCGUUACUUCCAAAGCUCCUCCAUCAUUCAAUGACGAUGAUAUCAUUUCAUUGGAUGAUCUUUUAGAUGAUUUCAAUCAUCCAAUGAACAUGACAUCAUCACCACUACCUUCUUCAUCCAAUGUUCAACCAGUUUCACUGCCCACAUCUUCUUCUUACUCACAUACAAGAAAUAUGAAAUCAUCAUCACAACAUUCACAACUGUCAUUACCUGUCAUUAAAAGUGACAGUGCAUUGGAAUUAUCCAUGUCUAGUAGUAGUACUACUACUACUUUGAAUUCUAACACCACCACUUCAUCAAAUUUAACACCAAGAAUAUCUGACAGUUCAAGUUCCACUCUUAGUGUUUCUACACCACGUCUUGCAAGUAUAUUUUCAAGAAGAGCAAAUCAUACUAAUAGCCAUAAUAAUAGUAAUAAUACUAGUCAACCUGCAAUGAUGAUUGAUGUUCAACAGCACAGUCUUACUCCAAGAACAGGUAAUACUCCCACUACUACUACUAGUACUUGUAAUUAUGAAAAUUCAAGUGGAUCCUUAUCAAGAAGAAGAACAUUAUCAAUUUUUACUUUAUUCACUCCAAGAGGAUCACCAUCUUCACUGAAUUCAAAUAAUACGACGACAACAACAACAACUAAUAGUAGUCCAACAACCAAUUCAAUCAUUUAUUUUCCAAAAAGUAUUCAAGAUUCCAAAUUAUUAACACAAAUAUUACAAUAUUAUCGAUGUUUGCAAUUUAAAUCCAUCAUUGUUUCAUUAUUUAAAAAUACUGAGAAUGGAAAGAACAAUAAUCAUGGAAUAUUGGAAACUGUACUAUCGAUGGGUCGAUCAGUCAAAAUUUCUCACAUUCAAAAUAAUUAUACAUUUUUAGAUUUAUCACUUUCUUAUUGGCUCUAUAUUUUUACAUUUAUCGAUUUGACAGAUAUUGGAAAAAAGAACCUCAACAACAACAACAACAACAACACUCUCUCCAAUCUCAAAUACUCAUGUAAAUAUUUCAAUGCACUCACAAGACAUCCCUAUUUAUUAUAUCAAUAUUUAAUACAUUACAUUCCAGUGAAUGAAAUUGAUACAUCAUCACCUCAGAAUACUUAUCAACAAUAUAAAUACAUGAUAUUGAAACGAAAGUAUGAAAAGACAAGUUUAUCCAUGGUCAUUUCCAAAUUAAGAGAAUAUGAUAUUGUUAAAAUGUCAAACCAUUCCAAUUCCAGUACUACUAGCACUAAUACUUCUACUCAUAGAUUGACAUCACACAAUCCAAUGACCAGUCCAAGAAUAGUUGUCACCACAACUCCCAACACACCCACCACACCCACCACACCUCUCCGUAUUGAAUCCACAAUUCCACUCGAUGAUGAAAUGAAAGAUGAUGAUGAUGCAUUCAUUGAAGGUAGUGCUGGUGGUGGUGGUGGUACUGGUGCUAGUGGUGUACCUUUCUCUUCUUCUUCUGCCUUACAGAAAUCAUCUUCGAACAAUACUCUCUCAUCUUUCAUUGAUAAUUCAUCAUCCAAUUCCUCGACACCGACCACUCCUCGAAGUGCACGUGGAGUUCCAUCCAAUUCGAAUCAUUAUAUCAAUACGAACAAUUAUAAUAUGAACAGUAACAACAGUAACAACAACAAUGGUAGUUAUAAUAGUAGUGCUGUCUCCACCACCACAACACCAAGAACACCAACUCCUUUCGAUUCAAAUGGAUCAUAUGAUUCAAAUGACUAUACUCCUCAUGAUGACAUGUGGUGGUGGUUCCAUGAUUAUUCAACAACAUUCUCAUCUCCAAGAUUUGUUGGACAAUCCUCACUUUGUUCUUUUAUUUUUCAUUCCAUUUUUCAACAUUCGUAUUAUAGAGAACAUUUACAUUGUAUUGAUUUUGAACAUCAAUCUUUGAAGGAAUUUAUUCAAAUGACCUAUACGAUUGGAGAGAAACAAAGACAGAUUCAAAAGAAAUUAUUAUCAUUGAUUGAUCAAGAAAUGAGUGCCAAAUAUUACUAUUUUAGAAAGAUCACAAAUUUGGAUAAAUUUAUGGUGGACAGAUCCUACUCGUUGAGUGAUCUAUUUGGAAUUUACUACAACAGAGAUUGUAAUUAUUAUAUAGUUACUUAUGGACAUUAUUUAUUUACAUUUCAUUGGAAGAAUAUGGAAACUUAUUUAAUUCAAAUGAGUCAUGAUCGAAAUGUUCAAUUUAUUCAUUCUCAAGUGGAUGGAUUUAAUAGUGAUUACAUGUGUAGAUUUAAUAAUAGCACAUCCAUGAUGAUGAGAUCCAAGGUUGAUUCAAAACAAUCACAACAACAACAACAACAGCAAGCAUACUACCAUUCGUCACCACAUUCUCCUCGUCAGCUACACCACCAUCAUCAUUCUUAUAAUAGUCAUGCUUGCAGAGAAAUAGCUCCUGGUUCGAAUGUCCAUCAUCAUCCUAAUAACCCAAACCAAUUGGUUAGCUCCAAUUCUCAUUCUUCUUCAUCAUCCUCUCAACCUCACCUUGGUAUCAUUUCUUUAGAAGGUGAAUGGACUGCUCUUUUGAAAUAUUAUAGUCAUUCCUUUGAGGCAUUUUUUGAAACCAAAUACUCCUUACAUAUCAAGAAGAGUGAUCAAGAAGAGAAGGUUGGUUCCCCUCACUAUCAUCAACACCACCACCACCACCACUAUGGGAGUACUGCAGAUGGUAAUAGUAGUAGUAAUGGACGACAUCACAUGAUGACCUAUACUGCUCACAUUGAUACACUCUACGAAACGAAUGGUACAUCUACUACUACUACAGGCAGCAGAAGCAACAGCAGUAAUACCAACACCACCAACACCACCAACACCACCAACACCACCAACACCACCAACACCACCGAUAGAAGCAAAGAAGAAGGUCAUUGGGAUUCCAACUCUCGUGGUGGUCACGUGAAUGAUGAAGAGUUGAGUCUUCUCAGCAAUGGAUGGUACAAGUCGACGAACCAUCAACAACACAACAAGACAACCACUAAUAGUAGGAGUAGUAGCAGGAGUAAUAAUAAUAAGGCUACUACCACUACUACCACUACGACUACUACUGCUCACCACUUGGACAUGUGUUUUCCAUCUUCUUCCUUUACCGUUAACGAUCAUUAUGAUGAUUUUUAUAGAAGGAGUAUGUUGAGUAAUGACCCCAAUCCUCAUGACAAUCUCAACAACAAACCUACUUUCAAUCCCCAUGAAUCACUCUCUGAUUUGGAUCAUUUAAUUUCCAAUUAUGGACAUGUCAAGAUUGAACAAGCAAUGAAAAAGCAUUCAAAACAAAGAGAUAGUCUCUUUCAAUUCAUUGGUACUAGUUAUCAUGAAUAUGAUUAUAACAUGUUGAAUUGUAAGGUGAAAAUAUCUCAAAUCAAUAAUGUCGUAUCGAUUAAUUUUUAUAGAUCGACACGUGUAUUGGAUUUUUCUGUUUUAGGACAAUUAUUUACAAUUGGUGAAACACUGAGACAAGUGUAUGGUAUUGUUUGUGAUAGGUUUGGUGUUUGUGGAAUUAUGAUCUUCAAGAGUAGAUGUCCAUAUAAGGAAUGA